CUCCCCGCGUCAAAAUUUAAAUUUUUUUUUUUGUUUCCUCGCCCACGCCGGAAUCGAAGGUCUCGAUCGUUCUCUCAGGUUUGCUUCUUCUUCGACUACGGAUCUCGACGCUUACGAUGACUUCUUCGUGCUUUCAAUUCCUGUGUUUUCCGCUGCUUCUCGUCGUCCUAUCCGCAUUGAUUACCCACGAAGCUAGGGUUUCGCUGAUGUGUAGCUCUCUUCGUGUGUAUAGUUAGGGUUUUGCUUGGAUCGAUAAUCUACGGCGUUUCAGGAAUUAGAUUAGGGUUAGGGCUUAGGAAUGACGAUUAGAUUUAUUAGGUUUUGUUUAUGAUAUCUGUGGACUUGGUGCACUACGAUACUUGGAAUGUGAGCAUCAUGAAUGAACCUGGGAGUAUCAGAGGGGAUUGGAGUUUUUUUUUAUUCUCAGUCUUGGUACUCCUUGGGAAGCGUGUUACUCUUCUGAGUGGAUCAUCAUGGAUGAAGCAAGAUCGUCUCUAUGUGGGUACAGUCUGCUAAAGUCAGUGUUUUUCUCAAUGUGUUUUUUAUAGUAUGAGUUACUACAAGGCUCCAAGGAGAUACUCUAAGGAAAGGAACUUUGGAGUGGAAAGACAACAAGGGUUUGCUUCUGAUAUAGUUCCGAGAAGACCUUAUGACAAUAGGAUGAACAUUAAGGGUCCAAAUAAGUGGUCCAGGAAUCUAGUUUGGACGGCAUCAGAUGGCAACAUGCCAAGGAAGAAUGAUUGCACCUAUGCCUUGUCGUCAUACCAGCAGAGGAAGGAUGCUGCUUAUGGGCAAAGAAGCUCAUAUGCUUCAUACGUUAAAGGUUGGGGGUCUAGUGAUAAAGGCAGUCCCAAGUCUAAGGACUGUGUGUGUAAGUUUUGGAAAGCUGGAAACUGCAAGAAGGGUGAUCAUUGCUCUUUCUUGCACUCUUGGACUAGCCUCCCCGGGAUGGUCAUGGUAGCUGCUCUUGAAGGACACAAGAAGGGUCUGAAAGGGAUUGCACUUCCUCAGGGUUCAGAUAAACUCUUUUCAGCCAGUAGCGAUGGUACAUUGCGAAUAUGGGACUGUCACACUGGCCAGUGUGUUCAUACAAUCCACCUCCAGGCGGAAGCUGGGUCGUUAAUGAGUGAAGGCCCAUGGGUUUUCCUUGGCUUGCCGAAUGCUGUGAAGGCUUUUAACGUUCAAACCAGCAAAGAUUUGCAUCUUAACGGAGUGGUUGGUCAGGUCCGUGCUAUGACUGUUGGCAAUGGAAUGCUUUUUGCUGGGACAAGCUCUGGUAGUAUAUCCGUCUGGAAAGCUACUGACACCGAGUCUGAUCCUUUCACAUAUCUCACAUCUCUGGAGGGACACCAUAGCGGUGAAGUCACUUGCUUUAUUGUUGGAGGUCAGCGGCUAUACUCUGGUUCUGUAGAUAAAACAAUAAAGGUGUGGGAUCUCAAUACACUGGAAUGUACAAUGACACUGAGGCAACAUACCGACACGGUCACCUCCCUCCUAUGUUGGGAUCAAUAUCUCAUAUCGUCUUGUUUGGAUGGGACCAUCAACGUCUGGGCUUGUUCUGAAAAUGGAAGCUUGAAAGUUACUAAUACACGGAGACAAGGACAAAGUGUGCAUACUCUUUGUGGGAUGAGUGAUGCAGAGGGCAAACCGAUCAUGUUCUGCUCUUACCAAAACGGAACUGUCAGCAUAUGUGAUCUACCAUCUUUUGAAGAGAGAGGAAAGAUGUUCUCUACAAACACGGUCGGCACAAUCACAAUUGGUCCUGAAGGUUUGUUAUUCACUGGAGACAAGAGUGGAAAGCUCUGUGUUUGGAGUUUAGCUGGCACCAAAAUUUAGCCAUUUUACAAUUAUUGGUUGAUUUAAUAUG